CGCUGUUCAUCAGAGUGAAAAGAUGGCAGAUAAAAAUGUGCUAAUUAAUGAGCAUAAAAAGAAUACUUAAGGAAACCAUAGAAGAACAUAUGUAGUAGAAAACACGUGAUAAAUAAUAAGACUAUAAAAGUACGUAUCUGAAUAGGUGUAGUUGAGAAUAGAUGGAAAGAAAUAAUCCUGGUGUGGCUAGCGAGGAUGUGGGGACAAUGGGCAGGAAUCGGGCUAAAGGGCUGUGUCUGGUUGUAAUCGGGUUCCCCUGAUGGGGCGGUUCGUUGAGCGCGGUGCAGAGCGGCGAGGUAGGUUUUGCGUCGGCGCGGUUCUUGGAGCUCGCAACGUUGCCGGUUUUCCGAGACGAUGGUUACCACGAGGAGCAGCCAGAGUCGAACGAAUCUUUCACAGUCAGUUUUUGCCUUUGAUAGGCGACGGACGACGCUAGACUUGUCGCGAUGCACGAGUGUGUCAUGUGACAUACGAAACAACAGUAGAACCUUUGCGUUGCUGCUGCAAAGUUUGACAGGGCCGGCACGUAGAAACAGUUAGAGUAACUACACACGAAGAAAUAGAAAAAAAAAAAAAAAGAAAAAGAAAAAGAAAAAAGAAAACGCAACGGAAAACAGCGUGUUAUAUGUGUGUGUGCGUGCGUGUGGGUGUGUGUGUGUGCGUGCGUGUAUGUGUGGCUCGUUUGAAUGUGUUAUCCAUUUAUACGCGUAGCUGGGCGCGCGCGAGUGUUUCCAUAGCUGUAUAGUUAGCUGUGUGCAACGGUUAUUGUAUGCUGGCGGAUUACCUUCCCGUCCAAUUUCGGAACUCUGCAAGUCGUUCCAUUAGAGCGCGCACAAUUAUGUUACCGGCUCGACACGGCAAUAGCAGCAACAUCACUGCCGUCACCAUCAACAAAUCCAGUAAUUUCAGUACCUCCAUAAGACACUGGGCCGGAUUUUUUGCGAACGGUUAAGGAUAUACUACCAUUUAGCUGGUCGCUAUCUCAGAGCCGAGAUACUCGGUGCUUCGUGGCUUGUCCAUGAUCCUCGCUUAGGUCAUAGGAAUGAGGGAGCGAGUUUUCACGCGGGACUCGUGGUGGUGGUUAAUAGUCCUUCUCAUUGCGGUGCACGUUACGGAUACGCAGGACGCAACGUUCAUUACGGAAAAAACGUCGCCGUCCUCGCGUGUAGAAUGUGCCACGGGUUGCGAGUGCUUGGACAAUGGAAAAAGCCUACUGUGCCGGGAACGAAACUUCCUUGGACUCGGUCUGUCCAGGCAAGUCACCAAUGUCGUGUUGAGAAACGUCGGAGCCGCUACAAUACCCGUUUCCGCCCUCGAGCCAGCGAUUCGUCUCAAGAGUCUCGCCUGGACUUCGAGUGGAAUCGAGAGGAUAGAACCUGGCGCAUUCCUCGCGACAACGUUCCUCGCACAUCUCAACUUAGGUGACAAUAGGCUGACGGAAUUCCCGUCAGACGUCUUCCAUCCGCUGCAACAACUACAGUACCUGAAUCUCACCGGAAACCGGUUGACCACACUACCGCGAGCAUCAUUCCAGGGUUUGGAUUGGCUCGAGGAACUCGACUUGUCACGCAAUCGACUCUCAGUACUUCCCUAUCAAGUGUUCGCUUUAUCCAAGUCUUUGGCACGGUUGGAUCUUUCCGGUAAUUUGUUGGUAUCCUUGCCGGAUCACAGUUUCAGGCCCAACAAAAAUCUCCAGGAACUCGUCCUGUCCGCCAACAGACUCACCAAACUUCCACCCCGUUUAUUUUCCGGCUUGAAUCAAUUGAAGAUCUUGGAGCUGUCCGAUAACGAGAUCGAUACAGUUCCGCGCGGCCUGUUCUCCGAUCUCGUAUCGUUGCAGCACCUCGAUCUUUCUGGGAAUCCUAUCACGCGUUUGACAAGCAUCACGUUCCACAGCCUGUCGAAUUUAAGAUGGCUCAGCUUGAAGAAUCUACCGGUCACGGUGCUUCCAUACGAUGUAUGGCGACCAGUGAGGAAACUACGCACUCUAUUGCUUUCCGGAACAAGACUAGAGGCUCUUCGUAACGAAGACUUGAAAGGAUUAGAUAAAUUAGAGACAUUGGAAGUGAACAACAGCCCGUUACGCGAGAUCUCUCGAUGUACCCUGGAUCGUACACCGGCACUACGUAAAAUCGAUCUACGCGAUAGCAAUUUGACCUUCCUACCGGCAAACGUGGCGCAGCUAUCGUUUCUGAGUGAGCUGCAGCUGCAAGGUAACCCAUGGGCCUGCGAUUGCCGUAUGUUCUGGUUCGUAAAGUGGGCCGAAAGCAAGGAGCACCUACGAACCGUUUUUCAAAGUGGAUUUCGCUGCGGCGAUGAAAUCGACGGUACUGCCGAUAUCCUUCAAACCCUUCGUUACUUGAAAUGCGCACCGCCAAAUUUGAUAUACGCUACGCCCACGCAGCAACAUCUUUUAUUAAACCCUGUGCUACUCGAAUGUGAAUUCAACGGCAAUCCCACACCGUCAUUAACAUGGGUUACGCCGACGCUUCAGGUACUGCAUUGGAAUCCUGAUCCAGCAUUUCCCGACGCUUUUGUCGAACAUCCUCCCGUACACGGAUGGGAACAAAGUGUACCGUUUGUUGACGAUGGUCGUAUACGCAUCCUCGAGAAUGGAUCUUUGUACAUAGCGACGUUGCUCAGGCAGGAUGUUGGACAAUACAAGUGUUACGCGGUGAAUCCGAUUGCCAAUGCCACCACCUAUAUUAGUUUGCAGAUGAAUCCAAUAACAUUAAACAGAAUCAGGAUCAUGAGCAUAUUGGUAGGAGCUGCCAGUGCGACGGCCUUUCUUCUCCUAACGCUUCUCUUGCAACUGCUUCGUUAUCUUUUGCUGAAAUGCGGCUGUCUAAACUGGUGUAUGUGCUGUGGACGGGUGGGUUCCACACCUAGAGCAAAGCAAAUUUACCAAAUGUUGGAUAAUAUCGAGCAAUACAAGAGUCAACAACUCGAGAGACUACGCGAGAAUUACACUCAACAAGUGCAUAGAAUAAAAGAGAACUGUGCUCAACAAGUAGAAUGGAUUCGAGAUAGCUACGAAGGUCAAAUGAGACACAUUAGAGACAUACGGGACUACGGAACGAGCCACCUAACGGCUCUCAGAGACCAGUAUUAUGAUCAGGUGAGGAAAGUACGAGAUUACUCGACGAGUCAGCUCAAUUGGGUGCGAGAAAACUAUGUCUUCCAGCGUAACAAGAUAAGAAAGUUCAGCGCCCAUCAGGUGCUAAGACUACGUGAGAGUUACAAGUAUCAACAGCAAACACUGAACAAGGUACUAGAGAAUCUACCGAACUUGUAUUUCGAUAAUUGCCGGAGCGGUUCUUGCGGAAAGAGCGAUUCGAUGGUAUUUGAUACAAAAGACGAUGGACCGAUCCGCAUGGAUACUUACUUCAAGGCAAAGAUCGACGAUCUGGCGAACGGCAUUAGUUUGGAGGAUGUCAACAGCGAAUAUUACACGCCAACGGAACUUUCGUCGACCAGUCCUCAUGGAAAUGCAAUGGAGGGGAUCCAUAUAAAUUACAUCGAGGAGAUGGGCCCACCGAUUCGAUUUGAUCCGUUGUACAAUGUAUCACCGCAUUCGAUAAUUCUACACAGUAUCGAUGAAGACGGAAGCUCACUGUCGGUGUACAAAGAUGCAGACAAUGCCAAGUCAGUUUUCAAAGGCUUGAGCAGCGAAGUCUUAGCCAAAGAGCCUAAAGAAACGCCAGAAAGUUUUGGUCUCCUUGCACCUAGCUCCAGUUUGCCUGACCUACCGCGUGAAACCAAACUUUAGACGAAUUUGAUGACAAGUGUUAACACAAAAGGGUACUAACCUUUCUUUAUAUAGCAAGAUUACAAUUAAGACGAGAAUGUACUGCCACUGGAUCAUUAUGUGAGAAAAAUAUAUAGAAGUGCCUCUACAUCGGUAAGUGAGACUGUAUUCGCAAGAACGAACGGUGGUAUCUUUCUCUAUCGUGGGACUUCUUGAAAUCCGAUUGUUCUUUAUUCGUCGUUUAAAAUGUCUUUUUUGCUCCCUUAAAAAUGCUUCAAAACAAAGAUAUACCUCGAUGAACGAUAAGAGAAGAACGCCUACGGGUAUCGAAGGCUGCGAGUGUCCAUUUGCAAACAUCGAUCAAGCCAAUGAUUGUGUGUGCGUGAGUGUUGUUUAAGGAGAACUAAAGAAAAGACAAGAAAUAAAAAAAAAAAAAGUCGCGGACAGUUGCCAAGGAUUUUUCUGUGAUUCGAUCGAUGACCUUGUAAUCUGUCCGCCCUUACACUUUGUGCUUUUUAUCAUUGUUGUUAUCAUCGCUCAGCACAAAACGAUAACAAUCGACGACCGUUAGACAAAGAAAACGCUGGAAAGAAACGCAAGAUGUCAUAGUGUUACUGCCAACCCUGCCGUAAGCCAAUUUCAAAAUAAAAAGCUAAAGCUCACAAAAUAAAUUGAGAAAGCAAAAAAGAAGAUAAAAGAAGGAAGAGACAGAACUGACGCGUGUAUAAACGGGUCCGUACUAAUUUUCGCCUAAUUGUCAAUUUCAGCCGAAGGUCAACGAUUUUGAAGAAAUCGAUCGAUUCACUUUUAUUCUUCUGUAAAUAAAUGUGCGUGUGACUUUAUCAGUUUGCGGAGACGUGCGACUACAAUUUUUAUGAAAGAUCGAACUCAGUACCGGUAUACACGAUCGCUGAAGAUUAUUCACUGAUCGAAGUCGAUGAAACCGAUACACUGUUUGUUAUUCCGAUACACUGUCUAGACUACAUACUCUUCUUUCCUUUUUUCUUUUCGCUUUCUAUUUCGAAAAAUUCGAGUGUCCAGACAUUGGAACGCAUGUUAUCUUUUUCUUACUUUUCCAAUGUCCGCGGAUCUUUUCGCUCUUUAAACCUAUCCCCUGUUCGGUAAAAUACAAAUUGUUCGAAAUAUAAAAAUAUAUAAUUAUUUAACAGAAAAAAAAGCUAUCUUUGUCGAGAACAACACAAAUACAUGUACUUAAUUAAAUAUCACCAAUAACACUGUUCCGAAAAGAAAAACUUUCGAGAUGUAUCAAAGAAGAUAAUAAGUGAUAUUUCUAAAUUCUUUUAUCCAAUCAAGCUUCUAUUAGCACAAUCCAACUGAUACAAGCACGUACAAAAAGUUCUAGCAGAUCUAUAACGAAAAUAGCCUUUUCUUAAAUAUCAUACUCUAUAUUUUUAUAUUAUCCGCGUCUUUCCUCUUUAAUAUGGAACGUGAACUGAAUUUUAAAUAUCUAAUUAAAUUAUAUCGAGUUAACAAUUUUAUCCCGAUUUUAAAUAUAAAAAGAUUAUAAAAAAUUUAAGGAUCCACAUUUGAGAUAUUUGAUUACUCGGGUACACUAACUAAAGUGAUUACGACGAGAGAGAUCUCUAAGCACAAGUGUUAAAUAGAAGAAUAUUUUAAUCACGAUAAUCAUAAUCAGCUCGAGAACGGCCCUAUUAUAAGCUUCGAACAUCAGACCACUCCUUUUUUUUCGUCUGCUUUUCUAUGUGCAAAAUCCAAACGAUAUCGAUCGCGGAAAAAGAGAACCGAGCAUAGUUAGAUUCUCAUCAUUGGUACGAUGUUUUAAAUAAGCUUAUUAGAUAAUGCAUGUUCUAUGAGCUGUUGUCUACUUCCCUGACAAUGUUUUACUCUAAUUGGAGAAACUUGGAGAGAUAAAUCUGUAACCUUUUGUAUAUCCAGAGAACCGUUCGUUGACGUUAUAUUAUCUAUUCCGAGUCUCUACUUUAUCUAUGUGAUUAAAGAAACAAAGAAAAGAAUAAUACAAUUAUAAAAUCUAUCAAUGUAUUUGAAAGUUAUAAAAAAUUAUUUUUUCAAUCGUAUAAACAAUUAUCCCUUUUUCGUACGCAUGCCACAAAGUGGUUCGAACGUAUAUGUACAUCGAAUUGUUACUUCUUGAAUUGUUAGGAAUAUGCAAAUUUUUUUUCUUUUUUUUAAAGAAUAAAAUACGCUUAGUUCAAAACGGGAAAGUAGAACUGAAUUUCUUCCCUGCCAUUAGAUACAAAAAGUGUCUAAAGGUCAUCCCAAUUAUUUUUUAAAUUCACACUAAAUUUAUCUUGCGUUGUAUUCUAAAGUGGAUUCAAUUGACUGUAUAUGAUGGCAAAUCAACCCUUCCAAAGGCACGGUAGUCAUAAAUUUGCCACCGUUUUCCGCGCCGAGAAGUGGUUCUCAAACUGUGGUUACAGUUUGACGCUGUACCGUUAAUUCAACCGAAGAAAUUAAUAUCACGCGUGCUAUUCGAUUUACUGAAUUUCACUUUAGAAUUUCCAAUAAAACUGUGACGAUAAAACUAUACGAUGCCGCAAAAAAGGAUUUCAUUCUAUUAUCAGAGUUCUCUUGUACAAUAAUUUAUCAACUAAUAACAUUAGUAAAUCGACAAGGUACAAACUAUGGAUUAUAAACUUCUCCUUUACAAUUUCAUAAUUUUUCUUCACAAAAUUCACUUGUAAAAUUUCAUUUUACGUUACUAGAAAAAUAUGUCACUGUCGUACGAAGGUAUUUAUUAAUAUUAGUAACUCGUAACUUGUCAAAUUUCACUGAUAAUAUUAGUUCAAUUGUACAAAACGAUCCAGGUUACUCCUUUCAAGACAAAACGACUUUCCUGUAACGAAUCACGUUCGAUAACUGAAAAGAUGAUCGGACGCGUAUACGUAAUCAAACUUGAUGUAUAUAUUGUAAGUUUAAUGCGUAGAAAAUGCUGCGCGCAUGCAAUCCCGUUUCUUAAGCAGCAGAACUUCCAGUUCGUAGUAAUAUAUGUACGUUGAAACGCAA